AUGGCGAGUUCAACAGAAGAUGGAAACUAUACAAUCAUCAACCAUAAAUAUUCCUGCGGUAUAGGUCUUAAGGAGACACAUAAUAUAAUACUAUCAAUUUUGAGCAUUCCUCUUUUCAUCAGUGCAGUUUCAGGAAAUGUUCUGAUCAUCGUUGCUCUUCAAAAGGUUUGUUCUCUUCAUCCGCCAUCGAAGUUUCUUCUCAGUUGCCUUGCGUACACAGAUUUGGUAAUGAACCUCAUCUGCCAUCCUCUUUUUAGUGCAUUUUCUUUCUCCCCAAAGAAUUCUAUUUUUUGUUACACCUUUUGGAUCCUUUUUAUUAUCGCGCUUUUUGCGUUUAGGGGUGUAUCUUUGGCAACAACGACUGCAAUUAGUGUGGACAGACUUCUUGCUUUAUUGCUUGGGCUUAGAUACAGGCAGGUGGUAACUGUGAGGCGAGUAAAAUUCCUUACUAUUUUUCACUGGCUUUUAAGCGCUUCUGUGGCAAUGGUAGCAUUAUAUAGUCUACAUCUUGCUUUUCGCAUAGCCUUUGCAGCAUUUUUAUCUUGCGCAGUAACCUCUUCAUUUUGCUACAUCAGAAUUUACUACAAACUUCGUCUUUCUCAAGCACAAGUGCAAGACCAAUGUCACGAAGGACAACCAAAUCAAGAAGGAAUUCAACUGAACAGAGUGCGAUACAAAAAGACAGUGACUGCAGCACUUUGGGUUCAAGUACUAUUUCUGGCUUGUCAUCUCCCAUUUGGUUUAUUUUUAGGUUUUAUUACCAUCACUGGAUUGAAUACACCAUUCCUUUGGUUUUCUUUGGCUCUAGCAACGGAUCUGAUGUCUACCUAUUCAACUCUGAACCCAUUGCUGUAUUGCUGGAGGAUGAGAGAAUUAAGGCAAGCAGUAAAGGACACGAUUAAAAAGUUUUGUUGUUUAUCGCAGCACGAAGCAACUUAAGAGUACCGUGACUUCAAUAAGAUGUAAUGAGUCAUAGCAUAGCCUUUGCAGCAUUUUUAUCUUGCGCAGUAACCUCUUCAUUUUGCUACAUCAGAAUUUACUACAAACAUCGUCUUUCUCAAGCACAAGUGCAAGACCAAGGUCACGAAGGACAACCAAAUCAAGAAGGAAUUCAAAUGAACAGAGUGCGAUACAAAAAGACAGUGUCCACAGCACUUUGGGUUCAAGUACUAUUUCUGGCUUGUCAUCUCCCAUUUGGUUUAUUUUUAGGUUUUAUUACUAUCACUGGAUUGAGUACACCAUUCCUUUGGUUUUCUUUGGCUCUAGCAACGGAUCUGAUGUAUACCUAUUCAACUCUGAACCCAUUGCUGUAUUGCUGGAGGAUAAGAGAAUUAAGGCAAGCAGUAAAGGACACGAUUAAAAAGUUUUGUUUAUCGCAGCACGAAGCAACUUAA